UCAGAUUCCUUUGAUCAACUGGAUCUUCAUCCUCACUUGACUUCAACAAUAACCUCUUCUUUGAAACUAUCAAGCAUGACCAGCGUUCAGAAGGAGACCAUUCCCACGUUGCUGCAAGGGAGGGACGCUCGGAUCAGAUCCCAGACGGGCUCAGGAAAGACACUUGCGUAUAGCAUCCCCCUCGUACAAUCCUUGCAAAAACUGGAGCCCAAAAUCAAGCGCAGUGAUGGACCCUAUGCCCUUAUCCUGGUUCCAACCAGAGAGCUCGUUCUACAGAGUUUUGAAACCCUCCAGAAGCUCUUAAAGCCCUUUACCUGGAUUGUCCCUGGAGUCUUGAUGGGGGGAGAGAAGAAGAAAUCGGAAAAAGCCAGAUUACGCAAAGGAAUAAAUAUCCUUGUGGCAACUCCUGGGCGGCUGGUGGACCACAUCAAAUCUACCCAGUGCAUUCACUUCCGUUGCAUCCGGUGGCUGAUUCUGGAUGAAGCUGACAGAAUAUUGGACCUGGGCUUUGAAAAGGCUGUGGCCGCCAUAUUGAAUGCUGUCAACGCAGCCAGCCCGAAACGGCAAAACGUUCUUUUGUCAGCCACACUUUCUGAAGGAGUCUCACGGUUAGCCCAUAUCAGCUUGCAAGACCCCGCCUGCAUUACGAUGGCGUCAGAGGCCCCGGGUUCAAAUAUAUCUCGGGAAAAAGACUGCCUCCGGGAAGAUGCUGGCAUUCUUCCUGCCAAGGAGGAAGAGCAGGGCAGUUUUGCUGUGCCAGAAAAACUCCGUCAGAACGUGGUAAUGGUCCCGAGCAAGCUAAGACUAGUGACAUUGGCGGCUUUCAUUUUUGGAAAAUUCAAGUUGGAAAAACGCCACAAGAUGAUUGUUUUCUUCUCGAGUUGCGAGCAAGUGGAGUUUCAUUACGUCCUCUUCCGAAAAGUGUUGUGCGAGGAGUCUGGGGAAGAAGGAUCAGGAUUUGCACCAGGCUCUCUUUCUCCUUUGACGUUUGCACGUUUGCAUGGUGACAUGAAACAAGAGGAUAGAUCGGCCGUCUUCCAGGCUUUUCUGCAAUUGAAGACUGGAGUCUUGCUCUGCACGGAUGUGGCUGCUCGUGGGUUAGAUCUGCCCCAAGUCACCUGGAUUGUGCAGUAUAAUCCCGCCGCUUCGCUCGCUGAAUACGUCCACCGAAUUGGGAGAACAGCUCGGAUUGGCAGCCCUGGAAACAGCCUGCUCAUCCUUUUACCUUCGGAGGCCGAAUAUGUCAGCUUCCUGGCUUCCUACAAGAUUAACAUUUCAGAGAUGAAAAUGGAGCAGAUUUUGUCAAGCUUAAUGAAAGAUGACCGUUUCAAAGGAAACCCGGAGAGAUCUAAGAAGAGCCAGCAGGGCGAUGGGCAGGAAAUACGCCGGAGGACUACUGUCAUGCAGACGGAAUUUGAGGAUUUUGUCCAUUCCAGUGCUAAAACCAUCCGAUGUGCCAAAAAAGCCCUGCAGUCCUUCAUUCGCUCGUACGCCACCUAUCCCGCCAACCUCAAGUCCAUCUUCCACAUCCGGGCUCUCCAUUUGGGUCAUGUGGCCAAGAGUUUUGGCCUCCGCGAUGCCCCUGGGAAUCUUGGUGCUGUUGUGGGAGCCCCCCGGCAGGGAAAGAAGCAGAAAAGGCGUGACCCUCUCAAGAAGACUCAGGUCAAACCUCAUCUCAAUAUCGCCUUUGAAUAUUCGAGUGGUUUGCACCCCUCGGCUUCAAAGGGCAAGAGGAAGAAACGGCUGAGAAAGUGGGGGGAGCAAAAUUCUCCCAGCUGAUCUGAGAAUUCUCUGUGGCUUUGUGGACGGGAUUGGAAAAGAGGUGGAAGAGAGGGAAGACGGUUCCACCACAAAUGCGCGAACGAAAAAAGCGCGCCUGACUAAACCGCGGUGACAAAACCGCGCCGACAAAA